AUGAUCGCAACCCAAAAGCGCAGAAGGAGUGGCACAGGCUGUUUCACCUGCAAAAUAAGGCGGGUCAAAUGCGAUGAGAGCCGGCCAUCAUGCAACCGCUGCUCGAGCACGGGACGAAAAUGUGAUGGCUAUCCUGCACCCAAGCAGCCAGCUCCAGUCGCGCUGCUCGUGGUCAUGAAUGUACCUGCUCCGACUUUGGACCGCGAUCAUGAGGCCCGGACAAGGUUCCAUUUCUUCUCUGAGCUCUGCGCACCAUCCCUGCUCAAUUACGGCGGACAGUCCUUCUGGAACCGGCUUGUCCUCCAGGCAGGCCAUGCGGACGAGGGCAUCAAACACCUCAUCUUGGCAGCCUCGUGUCUUGCCUAUCACAAGCAGGGCGUCUCUGAACCAGCCUCGCCCAUGGACGACCCGGUGUUUUUGUCGCAUUAUGGCCGAGGCCUGAGAACGCUGGCUCAGACCCGAAACGCCGAUCCUGCCGUGGUUCUCAUCGCAUGCCUUUUGCUGAUCCUGUGUGACGAGUUCCAACAAAACCGGUUCGCAGCCAGACAGCAUAUCGUUGCAGGCCGUCGCAUCCUGGCAUGUUGUCACCACAACAGAUCCAUACGUCGGUCGGCAACAGUAGAUGAGGUGGCCCAUAUCUUCUCAAGGUUGGGCUUAGUCAUAGGGGAACUCAACGAACCGACGCAACCACAACACCUUCGUUGGCCUCUGCUAGGCAGGCAUCGGAUGGCCGAAGCACUCGACUUGCAGACCCCUCCAAAACCCCCGCUACAGGAAGGAAUGACGAGCAUCCAAGAGGCCGUCGCGUCGUUGCAGAGAAUCGCGUCCCAGUGUACCGCUCUGCGCAUCGCCGGCCAACCUCCCGCCACCAGGUUCCAUACAGUUCCGCACCUGACAGACCAACUCAACGAUUGGCUCGACCAGUUCAACUGGUUUGCAGCGCAAAUGUAUCCCGAACAAGCUUCGGCCAGUCGCACGGAACUCCAUCUCCUGCGGACGUACCACGUGUGCCUCCACGUGCUGUCUCGCUGUGCUCCCUUCAGGCAGGAAUCCGCUUUCGACAUCUAUGCCGGAGACCUGGAGUAUCUCAUGGUCAAGGCGCAGCUUCUCAUGCCCCAUACCAGCGUUAGACUGAUUCCUAUCUUGUUCCUGGUCGCAACUCGCUACCGUGAUGCCAGCUUCCGGAGGCGAGCCACCGAGAUGCUAGACCAUUGCGGUCUGGACGGGCAGUUCUUGAGCACAAUUGCAUCUGUGGUUCUUACGAUCGAGGAGCGGGACGUCGACGAGCCCAUUGUCUGCAGUGACAUUCCGGAGGAGAACCGCAUCAGACUCUUUGGUCUGGGACGCGGUAUCAACGGAGCGUCGCACACACUACUGUUCAACCGGGCGCCGUACACUGAGCUUGCACCGGUGGAACAUGUGUGGUUCCCAAUGCAAAGCAUUACCUGGACAAACACUCAAAGAUCGAGACAUGCGUCUCAUUUGCUUGACGAUGUCCUGAACUUUAACUUUUCAACCUUUUGGAACGAAAAAAGUCCUACCAGUACUGAGAUCCAAGACCUUGAAAUACGCAUGGAGCUAUCAGAGGAGGAGAUUGUCUCAUCCGGUGUCUUGUGA